GGCAGCCCUAAUCCGGCGGGUGACGAAGUUGGCCUUUUCCCAGUGACGGCGCGGAUCAUCUGUCCAACUUAAACUUACUAGUCGCUUCUCCGACUCCAGCAACAUCAACUGCCUUCCUCUCAGGACAUCACCUCGAUUUCCCUCAUUCCCCCCCCACCGACGAUUUCUUGUCGAUUUUCAAUUAAUAUUCACGCCCUUUAAUCUUCCACCACCAAUUGCAAUCCCACCCAAUCAUUCCCUCAUGGAUCUGGACGCAGGUGACUCCCCGUGGGGCGACGUUCCUUCGCAGUCCGCCGGCAACCACGGUACGUCAAGACCAGAAAACGAAGAUGCCACCCGGGAACAAUCGUCACAACAAACCACUUCGACCAGUCCUCGUUCUCCCGUACGGCGCGGCCCGCGAGGUGUCCGCAAGAUAAGCGCACAUGCGACAAAAUUGGAAGCAGUUGACGAUACCCUGGAUCCGCUAGGCCCGCUCGGGGACAAAGCCGACGAAACUAGUCCUGCAGCGGUCGAGCAAGCACCUGUACCGCCUCAGAAGGAAGCAUUUGCUGGGCGCAAUGUUCGGCCCACAUCUUCUGCGUCUCAGACGUCUAGUGGUGCUGGUAUGGUCGAUUCUGUGAACCUUGAAGAAGACGGGGCGGGUUUUAGGAACCCUCCCCCUGUACAACCACCAAGCGACGCGGACAGCUCAAAGAGGCAAUCGGAGCCUAGUAUCAGUAUCGAGAAGGCAGCGAAACCGAAUUUUGAGAUUACUGUCGGUGACCCGCACAAAGUGGGAGAUCUAACGAGUAGUCAUAUUGUUUAUCAAGUCCGAACUAAGACAACUUCUAAGGCCUAUCGCCAGCCCGAGUUUGCCGUCAGUCGCCGAUACCGUGACUUUCUUUGGCUUUACAAUUCAAUGCAUAACAACAACCCUGGGGUUGUUGUCCCUCCUCCUCCGGAGAAGCAGGCAGUUGGCCGUUUCGAUACUAAUUUCGUUGAAUCCAGAAGGGCCGCACUGGAGCGCAUGCUUAACAAAAUUGCCGCGCAUCCUAUCCUUCAACAUGACGGAGACCUGAAAAUUUUCCUCGAGAGCGAAACUUUUAAUUUAGAUAUCAAGAACAAGGAGAAUAGGGAGCCGGAUCUGGGCCAGAGCAAGGGUAUGUUUAGCUCCUUCGGUAUCAAUGUGGGUGGAGGGUCCAAGUUUGUUGAGCAUGAUGAUUGGUUCCACGAUCGAAAGAUUUACUUGGACGCCUUAGAGAAUCAGCUGAAAGCUCUGAUGAAAUCCAUUGACACUGUAGUUGCACAACGGAAGGGGCUAGCAGAAGCUGCCGGGGACUUUUCGGCAUCCCUCCAUGCGCUGGCUGCUGUUGAACUAUCUCCCGCCCUCUCAUCCCCUCUUGACGGACUUUCAGACCUACAGUUGCGCAUAAAGGAACUGUAUGAGCGCCAGGCCCAGCAGGAUGUCCUCACGCUCGGAAUCACCAUCGACGAAUAUCUCCGUCUGAUUGGAAGUGUUAAGACAGCCUUCUCUCAGCGGCAGAAAGCGUUCCACAGCUGGCAUGCAGCCGAGUCGGAAAUGCAAAAACGCAAGCAUACGCAAGAGAAGCUUCUCCGGCAAGGAAAGACACAGCAGGACCGCCUAAAUCAGGUCAAUGCCGAUGUGGCCGAUGCGGAACGCAAGGUCCAUCAGGCGAGGCUGUUGUUUGAGGAUAUGGGAAGGCUGAUGCGGAAUGAGCUGCAGCGAUUUGAAAAGGAAAAGGUGGAGGAUUUCAAGUCCGGUGUGGAAACCUUCUUAGAAAGCGCUGUCGAGGCCCAGAAGGAGCUCAUCGAGCUCUGGGAAACCUUCCUCUUGCAACUGGACGCGGGCGAAGAAGGUAACCCCUUCUAUGCUCCUCCGGCUGCAGUGGAUGCUCCCGCAGAGUCGGCGCCAGAGGGAAUUACUGAAGCUGCCUCAAGCGCGGCGACCGAGGAAGAAGCAUAAGUGCUCGCAUGUUACCCCUACGACCUUUUAUUGCCCUGUAACAAAAGGAAGGCCGCCGUCUCCUUUCUUCCUCAUUUAUCAUGUUCAUCAGUCAACCGACUGAUGUCAGUCCUUCUUACAAUGUGGUGUGGUGCACGACUUUUUCCCUGAAUUUAUGGCAGUCUCCUUCAAUUUUGCAGUCAAAAUUACUGCGUUUACAAUGUAUCGAUACCAGUAACUCGGAAUUAAUUCGAAAUGACUUCUCCCC